AUGUCGGUAACAUGUAUCGACCUCGAGCGACAAGAGGAAGUCGAAGAUGUGAUCUUUUUGGCAGAGAAGCCAAAAGAGGUUCCAAGACUUAGAAGACGCCUUUCCUCAUGCACACUGGAUGACGAUCACAACGUCGGAGGUGACGAGAGCAUUGAUCUCACCUUGGAUGCUCCAGUCUUCGGUUUUCUUCGCCAGGGGGAACUGCCUUUGGAGCGGAUACGGAUAAAAAACACUGCGGUGCAAGCAUCAUCAUUCAUACAGGUUCGGAGAUUCUCCUCUGGAAAAUAUCACGUUGAUUAUGUCCUGGUCAAAGCGGUGAUCCGCUGCCAGCUCACGAAUAUGAUCAAGAUCCGUGGCACACCCUUCAUUAGAGCCCGCUCAGCUUGUGCAAAGCUACCCAAGAAGAAGAACGAAUUGAGUAUGCUCAUUUACCUAGACGAAGGAAAGAGUGAAGAAUACAAGCUUGAGGUCUGUUUCACUGGACAAGGCAGUCGCCGGAAAAGAACUGAAGAGGCCCUUAUUCACAUCCAUUCGACGGAAGCCCAGACACAAUUCAAAGUUUUCGACGAAGUGCUUCGCAACCGCUGGCGAGGAAACACUACUAGAGGAGGGUCUUGGCUUCCUUCAGCCCCAAAUAACAGUAUCGAUCUAGAGUCAAACGCUACAGACACAAAAGUCCGGAGCCGUGGCCAGAAGUAUACUAUGUUUGACUCAUGUUCAGGCGCCGGAGGAGUAUCUCGAGGUGCUCUCAUCGCUGGGUUCAAAGUCCAGUAUGCUAUUGACAAGGCACCAGAAGUUUGGAAUACCUACCAGACUAAUUUUCCUAAUACCGAACUGUUUCGAAUGCCUCUUGACCAGUUACUCCUGGACCCUUACAUCGGCCACAUGAGAGUAGAUGUGCUGCAUUUCUCCCCGCCAUGUCAAUUCUUUUCGCCGGCACACACUCAUGCGUCUGUACAUGACGAUGAGAACAUCUUUGCUCUCUACGGAUGCAACCAACUGCUACGGAAGCUCCGACCACGUAUUAUCACGGUUGAGCAAACCUUUGGCCUUGCCCAUGACCGCCAUGAAGAGCAUUUCCAUGCCUUCAUCCAAGACUUCACCCAGCACAAUUACUCAAUUCGUUGGAAGGUUGUCAGACUAUGUACUUGGGGUGCCGCACAAGACCGCAAGAGAUUGAUCUUGAUCGCUGCUGCGCCCGGUGAAAGACUGCCACCUUUUCCAGCGCCGACACACGGCAACGGAGACGGUUUGAUGCCGUACAACACCAUCGGGAAAGUCCUCAGGGGACUUCGGCCUGGAGAUGAUCUUCAUGACCUUGAUAACGUCCAGUACUAUAACCCCGAGAGAGCACCCUACGAUCCAGAGCGCCUUGCAGGGACGAUCACCACUAGAGGAGGAGAUCUUUACUAUCCUGAUGGCUCGAGAAAGCUGACCCUUCGCGAGCUUGCAAGCAUGCAAGGGUUUCCUAAAUCCCAUCGUUUCCUGGGAAAUAUGACUUCCAUCAAGCGACAGAUUGGGAACGCCUUCCCACCGACAGCAGUGCGUGUUUUGUAUAAACACAUCGAAACGUGGUUGUUGAAGGAAGACGGUAUGAUUUCUGACGAUAGCUCCGACACCAUUGUUAUUGAAGACGAUACCGAGGCACCAACUCGAGUAGGUGAACCAUCAGAUCACCGAGGAUACCCAUUCGAGAUGAUGGAGGUGGACAUGGUGCAGAGAAGUAGUCAGGGUCGCUGGCAAGCUGAGGACAUGGUGAUUGACUUGACCUGA